UCUUUUCUUUUUUCCCAAGGUCUUUCUUAAGAAAGCCCAGCUUGUUCUGGUUGUUUGUUGUUCUUGUAUAAAUGGAUGCGAUAGCAUCGUUCGUCCUGCCCCAUAAUUGCAUAUCUUGCAUAACUACAGAUACCAAACUACCUGCCUACUUAGUGCACGCUUAGAAGAUGGACCAGUCUCUCUGUGUCAACCACCUCCAUCGCGCCUGCCUACUACGCCAACGAGAGUGUCGAUUGAUCUCAUUGUCUUAUCGAUUGAAACCCCCCUCUUUCUUUCUCAUGCAAUGAACUCGCUUGCGUUGCUUGGAACGUCCACUAACUACGGAUUCCAUACACCUUUUGCACCAUGACGCGACGACUUCCUUGGGACCGCGAUGGCCCGGAAACGUUACCAACACCGACGAAGCCUACAACUGCGACUCCGCGCAAAGCCGCGACGCCUGGGCGGGCCACAACACCAAAGGCGACUGGGACUCCUGCGCCGCUGUACAAGCGGAACGGCAAACGAGCCCGCUCGAAUGACUUUCUCGGGGAUAGGAGUCCUCCAACCUCACCACCUCCUGAGCCCAUCCCAGAAAUCUUUAUGACCGAGGGCCUCGACAACGACGACGGUUACCGCAUGGUCGAGGACGAGCUCUUCACCAUCGCAGGGCAAUUCACCGCUCAUCUCCACGCGGCGGAGUACCAGCGCCUCAAGGCGCAGACGCGUUCACAGAAUGCAGAGACGAUCAAGAACAUCUCGCGCCCCGUCGUUGGAUCUCUCACAGAGCUCGCGCGCAAGCGCCAAGAAGAGCUGCUCCGUAAGAAGAAGCAGCGCGAGGCCUUGCGGCGGGCGAAGCAGGAGGCCGGCCGGGAGGACGAUGAGAGCGGAGACGAGACGGGCGUGCCGUGGCGGGGCACGUCGCUGCAAGGGCUCAUGCACAGCCGCAAGAAGCAGGAGGUGCCGUUGAUGGCGCUUACGAGGGCCGACUUGGGGACGAAGGCUUCGAGUGUGUUUGGGGGCGUGGUGAAAUCUCAGAGCCAGAGGCCGGCGACUGCAACGAGACGCGACGAGGAUGAUGCGGAGACGGAGGACGAGAGCGAUGACCUUGGAGAUCUCGGCCAAGCCCUAGUCAGAGGGAGUGCCGUGGUCAGCAAACCGUCGACUGCAAGGCCGGCUCAUCCGCCCAAACCUGCUGCGAAAGCAACGAGCCGACCUUCUCCGCAACCAUCCAGCAGCCGGGUAGCAGAGGCCAUGGCUGCCGCACACAGCCGACGUCCAUCCACCACCGUGACAGCGAAAUCAGUCUCGCCAACCACCACAGCCACGAAGACAAAGCCGACUUUUGACGAAGACGAAGAUGACGAUGACAUAUUUACAAGAUUCAAGAACCGGAAGGCCAAUUCAAGGUCACAGCGUCGGGUACCGGAGACGAAGAAAGAUGAGCAAGAGUCGAAGGGCAGUCGGGAUAUCAUUCCUUCUUUCAUCUGAAUGUCCUCAAUACGAAUGGACAUAUUUACGUUUUCCGUCGCUCGCUAUUACGUUGACAGCACCUUGGUCUACCCGAUCGAUGAAAAGCUGAUACCCUGAUCUCUUUACCGACAUAAUGGCUGGCCCUGGAGUCGACUCCAGGGCCGAUGGAGAUGCCUGACUGGCGUCUUUCAUGCUUCCAUUUCGGUUUAUCGUUAUGUGCCCCCUUUCCCUUGGCGAAACCUCCAUGGCUGGCUUGAUUAGGCUUUCGUUUCCCCUCUUCCACCGGGCCUACCUCAAUGAUCCUAAACCAUAUCUGAUUGUCUCCCUUCCCACAUUUUUGCUCAGUGUCAGUGCACACAAAGAGUCCAAACUGUAUCUUUGCGGAGCAAGUUCUUCAGGUUUCUGCAAUGCAAAUUUCCCUUUAGCACUAUUAAUUCUAGUCAAAAGGCCUGCAAUUAAUUGCCAUAUUUGCUGGCUCAGCCUGUAAAGACACCUACGUUCUCACAAUCACCUACACAAAUGCUAGAUAGACGUCUCCAAUAGCCUUAUUUACCUUUCAGUUAUCUAUGGAUAACACUGACACAAAGGUAGCGCCGGUUCCAGUCUUCCU